CAAUAGAGUUAUAGAAAUUAGAGAUCAUGGAGGUCUUCUACUUUCUUGGCUCCAUCAUCUUUACUUCAACUACUUCCUUCAUCCUCUCCAUCGUCCUCUUCCUCCGCCGUCUUCUCCUCCCGUCUGGCGCCAAACAUACAAGUGAGUAUGUUUCACUAUAUGAAGGCACUGUCUCUCAUGAACGUAGACAUCCUGUUCGCCAUUAUUUUUGGUAUCCUGUCCGUUACGCUCUCUUCGACCUAGAUCACGCUACCAAUGUGCCCCCGAACCAUUUCUCCGCCGAUGAAGCUCGCCAAAUAUGCGAAACCAAUGGACCAGUGCUAUUGUUGACCAUACCAGCAAGUGUGGGAUAUGAACAGAAUCCAGUAAGCUUGUUUUACUGCUACGACGUCGAGGGCUCAUCAACCAAGUUAAAAAGAUGCAUUGUUGAGGUUACUAAUACGCCAUGGGGUGAAAGAGUGUCAUUUUCGUUUGAUCCUCAUUCGGUUGACACAGUUGCAAAGACACUUCAAGUCAGUCCUUUUAUGGAUAUGUUUGGGAACUGGAGUAUGAGAACAACCGCGCCAGAAGACAACAUAACGGUGACGGUGGGUGCAAAACAUCCGGAGCUAGGUAAUUAUAUGACGGCCAUAUUGAAGCUCAGAAAAGUCUCGGACAAAGUUGCGACGGACCCUUACUUGUUCUGCUGGUUAAUGCCUCAUAAAGUUGUCAUUUGGAUUUAUUGGCAAGCUCUUCAGCUAUGGUGGAAAGGGCUUCACUUUUUCGAACAUCCAAAAUAUAAGAAUCCGAACUACAGAGAACAAUGUGUGUUUCGUGACAAUAAAAUUCAAGGGAAUCAGUCAGUUGGAAAGCAAGCUGAAACUGAAACUAUUAAUAUUGGUACAUCUCAUGUUGCUGUGAAGACUCAUUCUCACAGUUUCAUUUGGAGAGAGGCCAAAUGGCCAUGGAAGUGAAAAGAUGAUGAUGCAUUUGGGGUCGGCCAAUUUCAUAAAUUAUUUUGCUUUUUAAACUUUGGUGCAAAAUUGAGAGGGUACUUAAUUAGUUAAAGAGAGUUGGUGCAAG